UCCUUUCUCUGCCUAUCAUACCGCCCAUUUUUCAUUUUGAAAAAUUUUCCAAAUUCGCCUCUUUCCCAAACACCAAAGCUUUCUCUGUCUUUCCCCUUUUAUCCUCUGCCGAGAGCCCCUUCAUCGCCGUCAAACCUUAUCAAGAAACCCCAUUUUUUUCCUCAGUUGAUAAGCAAUGGCAGAGUCAAGAGAUAGAAUCACGAGACCCGUUGAUCUGGCAGAAGUCUUCGCUCGAAGACGUUCUGGGCCUUUAAGAAUCCUCUCAGAUGAAGCACAGGAGUUGUUAGGUUCCCCUGUACAACAAGCAGUUACACGUAGGCCAAUGGGUGUUGGUGUUACUACUUCUACGGCGCGUGGUGGAGGGCUCCGCAGAGGCAUCGGUUUUAGGACCCCAAGAUCCGGCAUCAGACGUGGUCGGAAUCUUUACCGGUCGCCGGCUGCUGGAAAAGAGAAUACUCCGAUUACAGCGAGUUCCACGGGCCGUGGGAGGGGUCGAGCUUCAGGCAGUGUGUUACCUUCUUGGUACCCAAGAACUCCUCUUCGGGAUAUUACUGCUGUUAUAAGGGCCAUUGAAAGGAGGAGAGCUUGUUUAGGAGAAGGUGAAGGCCCAGUAAAUGAGAGCCCCAUAUCCCAGGAUGAAAGGGUUCUUAAUUCAAAUGUAUCAUCAGGUGCUCAACUCGAGCACAAUUUCUCUACUCCAGCUUCAACUGCCAGAUUGAAGCCUUGUCCUUUAUCAGUCCAUAAUGUGUCGAAGAUUUUGCUUAAUGUCACUAAUCAGAAUGUUGAGGAAUCAGAGCAUCUUACACCCCCAAAAAAACUUUUGAACUCAAUUGACACUGUAGAAAAAGCUGUCAUGGAGGAACUACAGAAAAUGAAGAGGACUCCAGGAGCCAAGAAAGCAGAAAGACAAAAGAAAGUCCGCACACUGAUGUCAAUGCGUUGAUCUAUAGUGCAUCAUGCAACCACAAGGAUUAUAAAGACCAUCAUGAGAACAACUGGAAGGCUAGAGAUUGCAAAACACCUUGCAGUGGAAGCUGGAAAAUCAUCCUCUGAUGAUAUGUUUACGUUCUUGAACUAUUACCAGAUAGCAUAGACACUUUCUAUGUUUUUUUUUACAGGUUGACAUAUUGCUAAAUGUCUUACUAUAGGAUCAUCAGGAGUCAAAUUUCCUUCAAUCCUCGCUGAAGGUCCCGGUGUAAGCUUGAUAAGCAAUCAUGCUUCUUCUAUCCUUCAUUCUUUGAAGGGACCAGUGUAGGAAUAGGAGGAUUGUGGUUCAAACCAUGUAGAUAUACAACUUGUUUGGUCUUGCGCUCUAACAAUUUUUGUUCAACAUGCUUUAUGGUUCUAAUUGGUGCAAUGUUUGGAUGUUUCUGAUUAAGAUUGGGAUUUCCCUUUUGCCUUAGCUAGCUGAUCGUCUACUGCUAUGGAUCUUCCUAUAGUUCUCUGGGUUUGUAUCAUGUCGUGUGUCUUAAACCCCUCAUUUCAUGCCGUUCUUAUCCCUGGUUGUUUUGUUUUCAAUGUCUAAAUCACACAGUGCAAAUGCUUGGACUGAAAUUGGUAUUCAACGGUAGUAACUCAAAUAACACCGGCAAAGUGAUGCAGCCGAAGAUGCCAGUUGAAUUAACAUGUAAGGCAAUUCAAAA